CUGGUUUGAAUGACCCGCUUAGGAGGUUGCGGCGCGAAGGGGGCGAGAGCCAAUCAGCGAGAGGGAUUUUUCGCGCUGGUUUUGGCUGGAGAAGGAGGCGGAGACCAGAGAGGGGCAGACGGGGCGGCAGGAGAGGAGAGAGGAGGGAGACCAGCGCCGGGGAGUUUUAUCACUGGGGGCCGGAGGGGUGGGGGGGAGAGAAAGAAGAAAUGCGAACCCCCUUCGGAGCGCAGCAGCAUUAUUAAACUGGGUCUCUUUGACUGAAUGGAUUUCAAAAGUAGUUCUCUGCUGUUAACCAAAAAAAGUGUCAACCACAUCAAAAUGAAGCAAGUAUCGGAAAACCUUGGAAGCCCUACAGGGAAAACGCAAAACUGUGAAAUGAAUCGUGAAUGUUCUGUCUACUUGGGCAGAACACAUAUUUCUGCCACACUACAGGAGGAUGUUAUGCCAAAAUAUAAUGGCCGUGAUACUCUCCCAUUUAUCCAAGCAGAGAAGCUGAAAGAUUUCACUUCUCGUGUAUUUAAUGGAGAAUCAGGCGCACAAGAUUCCAAGCUACGUUUUGAGUCUCGAGAUAUAAAAGAAGCUGGCACACCACCUAACACUACGCCUGUCAAGAACGGCUCUCCAGAGAUUAAGUUGAAAAUCACUAAAACAUACAUGAAUGGAAAACCUCUGUUUGAAUCAUCAAUUUGUGGUGACAGUGGAAUGGACGUCUCUCAGGCAGAGGAGAAUGAGAAAAAGUCAUCAAAUAAGGAGAGAAGAAAUAGAAAAAGAAGUAUUAAAUAUGACUCUCUGCUUGAGCAAGGCUUUGUUGAAGCAGCACUAGUUUCGAAUCUAAGUAGUUCCUCUGAGAAGACUCCUGUUAAAGAAGAUUCUUUUUUACUUUCUGGAAGAGAUGAUAAAUUUCAUUCAUUGAAGUACAACGUAGGAGACUUGGUGUGGUCCAAAGUAUCUGGCUAUCCAUGGUGGCCGUGUAUGAUUUCAACUGAUCCACUUCUUCAUCACUUCACAAAACUAAACGGGCAAAAGAAGAGUUUUCGCCAAUAUCAUGUACAGUUCUUUGGGGAUGCUCCAGAACGUGCCUGGGUGUUUGAAAAAAGCCUUGUAACCUUCAAAGGCGAAGAACAAUUUGAGCAGUUAUGCCAGGAAAGUGCAAAGCAUUCUCUUUCCAAAGCUGAGAAAUUAAAGAUGUUAAAGCCUGUUUCAGGAAAACUGCGUCCCCAGUGGGAAAUGGGUGUUAAGCAAGCAAAAGAUGCAUUACACUUGACAGUGGAAGAACGAAAAGACAAGUAUACCUUCAUUUAUAUUAGGGGACGACCUCUUCUUAAUCCUCAGGUGGCAAAGGAAGCAGGUCUUGUUGUGAAAUCUUUGGAGGAAAUGGAUAAAAUUUACACAGAUGAAGACAUUUCACAAACUUUGAAAUCAAAGAAAGAAUGUGAUAUUCCUGCAAAGAGGAGGAGGAAAGCAAAAUGGCUUGUAACGGAUGAAUCUCAGGAAGUCAUCACACCUGUUAAGAAUAUCACCCCUGAAAAAGUCCUUGAAGAGGAAGAAGCCAAAAGAGGCUCCGGGUCUCCUGCCAAUAGGAAAAAAGCAAUCACAUAUACUCCACGAAACAGAAAAGGAGAUGCUGUUUCUCAGUUCUUGGUUUUCUGUCAGAAGCACAGAGAUGAGGUGAUUGCUGAACAUCCAGAUGCCUCAGGUGAUGAAAUUGAAGAGCUGUUGGAAUCACAGUGGAACAUGCUUAGUGAAAAACAGAAAGCACGUUAUAACACAAAAUUUGCCAUAGUGACCUCUCCCAAAUCUGAAGAAGAUACUGGUUCAUCACAGAAGAGUAUGGGAGAGGCCAAGCGUAAAGUGUUUCAAGAAUCACCUAAAAGAAGAUCAACAUUCAGAAGUAACUUACAUGGAAAUAAAAGGAAACCAAUAAAGAGGACAAAGAAACCUACAGAAGAUUUUGAAGUUCAGGAAGCACCUAGGAAAAAGCUCAGGAUGGAUAAAAAGAAUUAUCAGAAGAGGGACACAAGCAAUGACAAAACAGCAAAAACAAACUCUACCAAAGUCACAGAAACCUCUUCACAAAAGAACCAGUCAGGUCUAUCAGAUGCAUGUAAACCACUGAAGAAGCGAAAUCGGGCUUCAGCAGCAGAAUCUUCACAUCUUGCUUAUAGCAAAAGUUCAUCUCCUUCAGCUUCCUUAACUGAGAAUGAGAUUUCAGAUGGUCAAGGAGAUGAACGAUCAGAGUCUCCAUAUGAAAGUGCAGAUGAAGCUCUAGCAGAAGUGUCUCAGUCAUCCAAAAAGUCUGAUCGAGGAACUGCUGUAAGGAAAGAAUAUGUUUGUCAGCUCUGUGAAAAGCCUGGGGACUUGCUGCUUUGUGAAGGUCGUUGUUUUGGUGCUUUCCAUGCAAGAUGCACUGGACUCUCGGAAAAGCCCUCAGGAAACUUUAUUUGUAUUGAAUGCUCUUCAGGUGUUCACUCAUGCUUUGUAUGUAAAGAGAAAAAAUCUGAAGUGAAGCGCUGUGCUGUAUCCCAUUGUGGAAAAUUUUACCAUGAAGCUUGUGUUAAAAAAUUUCCCCUUACAAUAUUUGAAAAUCGAGGUUUUCGAUGCCCUCUCCACAGUUGUGUGAGCUGCUACGUUACAAAUCCUUCAAAUCCCAAAGUAUCCAAAGGCAAAAUGCUGCGGUGUGUUCGCUGUCCUGUUGCCUAUCAUGUUGGUGAUGGUUGUGUCGCUGCAGGGUGUACCCUGAUCACUUCUACCAGCAUUAUUUGUACCAAUCACUUCACUGCUACUAAAGGGAAGAGCCAUCAUGCACAUGUUAAUGUAAGCUGGUGUUUUGUGUGCUCCAAAGGUGGAAGCCUUCUAUGCUGUGAGUCUUGUCCUGCAGCAUUCCACCCAGACUGUUUAAAUAUUGAAAUGCCAGAUGGAAGCUGGUUUUGCAACGAUUGCAAAGCAGGGAAAAAAAUUCAUUUUCAGGACAUUAUUUGGGUCAAACUAGGAAAUUACAGGUGGUGGCCUGCGGAGGUCUGCCAUCCGAAAAAUGUUCCCCCAAAUAUCCAGAAAAUGAAGCAUGAAAUUGGAGAGUUUCCUGUAUUUUUCUUUGGCUCUAAAGAUUAUUACUGGACACAUCAGGCUCGUGUGUUUCCAUAUAUGGAAGGAGACCAAGGAAGUCGAUACCAGGGAAUGAAAGCAAUUGGAAAGGUCUUCAAAAAUGCAUUGCAAGAUGCUGAAGCACGUUUUCAAGAAAUAAAGUUUCAGCGGGAAGCUAAAGAAAAUCAAGAAAAUGAACGCAAACCUCCUCCUUACAAACAUAUUAAGGUAAAUAAGCCCUUUGGAAAGGUUCAGAUAUACACUGCGGACAUUUUUGAGAUUCCUAAAUGCAACUGCAAACCCUCUGAUGAAAAUCCCUGUGGUUUGGAUUCGGAGUGCCUGAACCGGAUGUUAAUGUAUGAAUGUCAUCCACAAGUGUGUCCGGCUGGAGAGCGCUGCCAAAACCAGUGCUUUACUAAACGCCAGUACCCUGAGACGAAGAUCAUCAAGACGGAUGGCAAAGGAUGGGGCUUGGUUGCAAAGAGAGACAUUAAGAAGGGUGAGUUCGUGAAUGAGUAUGUUGGUGAGUUAAUUGAUGAAGAGGAAUGUAUGGCAAGGAUCAAAUAUGCUCAUGAAAAUGACAUCACACAUUUUUACAUGCUUACUAUUGAUAAGGACCGCAUAAUUGAUGCUGGACCCAAAGGAAAUUAUUCUCGUUUUAUGAAUCACAGCUGUCAACCAAAUUGUGAGACUCUGAAAUGGACAGUACAUGGUGAUACUCGUGUAGGACUAUUUGCUGUGUGUGACAUUCCUGCAGGGACAGAAUUAACUUUUAAUUAUAAUCUUGAUUGUUUGGGCAAUGAAAAAACUGUAUGUAGAUGUGGUGCCCCAAACUGUAGUGGCUUUCUUGGAGACAGACCAAAGAAUUCAUCUUCUAAUGCUUCAGAUGAGAAAGCAAGGAAGGCCAAAAGAAGAGCAAGGAGACGUAAAACCAAGAGCGAAGCAAGAAAAAAAUCUGAGGACUACUGUUUCCGCUGUAGCGACGGAGGCCAACUAGUAUUAUGUGACAGAAAGUCUUGUACCAAGGCAUACCACCUCACUUGCCUUGGUUUGGUAAAGCGCCCUUUCGGAAAAUGGGAAUGCCCUUGGCAUCACUGUGAUGUAUGUGGCAAGCUUUCUGUUUCUUUUUGCCAAUUCUGUCCAAACUCUUUUUGCAAGGAUCAUCAAGAUGGGACAGAGCUUGAGACUAAUUUAAAUGGACAGUUGUUCUGUUCAGAUCAUAUUGGAGAGAACUUUGCUAAAAAGAAAGUGAAAAGGCUGUCUAGAAAAGCAACCACACUGAAGUAUAAGAGAAGACAAAGAAACAAAUGGAAGAGGGUGGAGUGUAAAUAAUAUUGAACUGCUCCUUCGGCUGCCAGUGCUGUCUUGUAGAUAAGUUGUGAAUAGGACCAGGGAUGGACACAUAAUUUACCUAUAUUGUGCAAGUGUUGGGUUUGGGGCAAAUCGUUUUUAAUCCACUGAGCCAAUCAUAGCAGGGCAUUCUGCUAUAUCUGCACUGAUCAUGAACUGGGGGAUGCCACGUUCAGACACUUUCAGGAUAACUCAAGUUUACUCUUCUGCAAUAAUGACAACACUUGAACUGUUAGGAAUGAAACAAUUCUUUCCAAUACUUUCCAAUAGUUGGAGAUGUGUUAAUUUUCAACCAAUUAAGGUAUAUGCUCAUAGUUUUUGAAAUACUAGUCACCACUCAGAUGUUUGAAUACUACUUAAGAAAGACAUGAUGAGAUCAGUUUAAAAGCUGAAGUAUUAUGGAGAAAACUGCCUACCUAAUUGCAUUAACUGAGGUCUCUGUGGACAUGGCACUGUUCAGAGGCACAGCUCAGUAUAACCACAAGAGAGUCCAUGUUUUGCUUUGGACUUUGUUUUUGUUUUGUUUUGUUUUGUUUUAUUCUAAUAGCAUUCUACAGAGGAACAAGAGCAUGAGAGAAGAAAGCAACAAACCAUAUGUUAAUCCAUGGCAAAAACUGAAGAAUCCUGUCUCUUGUUUGCUUCCAAUAAGCAAAAAGAUACAUGACCUGUCUCCAUCUAAAUUGAUACUAAAAUACGUGCCCAAUUUUUUAGAUUGUAUUUGCAUAAUAAA